CAAAAAAGUUACACCAGACUUAAAAAUACGGAAAGUCUGUGUUAAUUUAAGUUUUAAUGACGACUUAUUGAUGUAUACAUGUGCAAUUUAUGGAAUAUGGCUCGUGUUGGAAAUAGAAAUACCACUUUACCAUUAAAUAGGAAGUGAGGACAACUAACCAAUCAGCUCCACGGAAAAUGUGUCAUGCGCGAUAGCGCUUGUGAUGGCAGUGUGGUGCGCGUGAAGGUGAAUGUGAGCCAAAACGUUAGUGAACUGAACGGAAUUCUAGUAGUCGUCAUUUAGAGGUUCCUGCGUUUACCGGCCUUUAGUGAGUUUCACUAAAGAACGGCGUGGACGUCCUCUCAGGCUGCAGGUAAGAACCGUCCACUGGUGAAGUCCUCUCUCUGCUCUGCUCAGCGGUCAUGGCCGGCUUGUCCAGCUAUGCCUUGCGCAUGGCCAGACUGAGCGCACAGAUCUUUGGGGAGGUGGUGCGUCCGACAGACUCUAGGUCUAUGAAGGUGGUCCAGCUGUUCCAGGAGCCUCCCAUGGCCAAGAGGAAGGAGGUGUACGACUGGUACCCACAGCACAAGAUCUACUACGCCAUGACCCAGAAGCUCCGGUUCAUGGGGCUGUUCAGAGACGAGCAUGAGGACUUCAAGGAGGAGAUGCGUCGCCUCAGGAAACUGAGAGGAAAAGGGAAACCGAAGAAAGGAGAAGGGAAGAGAGCGGGGAAGAAGAAAUGAGCGGCUUCUUUUUUCUUUCUCUUUGUUAUGCAGGCAGACAACAUUGGACUGUGGACAUGCUCCUUAUUCUGCUCUCCUCAAGGAGGACAGGAAGGACUUGUUGCUGCUCAGGUGCUCUUCUGUAGCCUGACUGACCCCUGACCUCUGACGCCUGACCUCCCAGGAAGAAACAAGAAGACAGACAGAAACUAAUAAUCCUCAUUAUUUUUAGACAUAAGAUUAAAAAUUUCAAUAAAGAUGCAUCUGUUAUUACUAUCACUACUGAUAGUACUGCUACUACUAUAUAUUGCUGCUGAAAAAUGAGUGCUGUUACUACUAUGAAUACCAUUAGUAGACUAUUACUGCUGCUACGGUUGUACUCUUUACAGUAGUAGUAGUAGGACUACUUCUGCUGCUGUAGUACUCUUUAGUAGGACUACUGCUGUUGUACUCUUUAGUAGGAAUAUUUCUGCUGCUGUUGUACUCUUUAGUAGGACUGCUGCUGUAGUACUCUUUAGGACUACUUCUGCUGGUGUUGUACUCUUUAGUAGGACUACUUCUGCUACUGUUGUACUCUUUAGUAGGCUUCUGCUGUUGUACUCUUUAGUAGGCUUCUGCUGUAGUACUCUUUAGUAGGACUACAUCUACUACUGUUGUACUCUUUACUAGGACUGCUGCUAUUGUACUCUUUAGUAGGACUACUUCUGCUGCGAUUGUACUCUUUAUUAGGACUACUUCUGCUGCUGUUGUACUCUUUUGUAGGACUACUUCUGCUGCUGUUGUACUCUUUUGUAGGACUACUUCUGCUGCUGUUGUACUCUUUAGUAGGACUACUUCUGCUGCGAUUGUACUCUUUUGUAGGACUACUUCUGCUGCUGUUGUACUCUUUAGUAGGACUACUUCUGCUGCGAUUGUACUCUUUAGUAGGACUACUUCUGCUGCUGUUGUACUCUUUAGUAGGCUUCUGCUGUUGUACUCUUUAGUAGGACUACUGCUACUGUUGUACUCUUUAGUAGGACUGCUGCUAUUGUACUCUUUAGUAGGACUACUUCUGCUGCGAUUGUACUCUUUAGUAGGACUACUUCUGCUGCUGUUGUACUCUUUAGUAGGACUGCUGCUGUUGGCCCUACUUCUGCUUCUGUACAUGCUUUAAACCCAAAUAAUGACAAUAACCAAUACUAGACGACAUCUAAAUUGAGUCAAAUGUCUAAUAUAUAACUGUGGAACAUUUUUAAUUAGUUAUUCAGUCAGUUAUGAACUUCAUCAUUCGUAAUGUGUAAUAUGAUCUUUGGCUUCACCACUCAGCGUGGAUAACAACAAAACCAGACAAAUAAUUGAGGGCUAACAGAACAUCAACAAACCUGACUUUAGAAGAAAAAGAGAGGACAGAGGGACAAGGACGCCAUGGAAGCAGUAGUGGAAUUGCCAAAACGGGCUUAUAUUUUCAAUUGUACUGUGACGUGAUUAGAUCUUCUACUUCAGUGUGAGUAGAAGUACAACAAUGUAAGUGAUCGUUUGAAAAUACUGUGGUACAUGUAAGAGUCCCGCAUUCAAUACUGUAAAAGUGUGUCACCACGAAGGUACGUAUUUAUAGCAACCUCUCAAUGUUAUAUUAGUGUUGGAUUUUUAACACGGAGGUAUUACUAUAAGCACCAUUUUCAUGUUGUAGCUGGAUGAGGUGAAGCAACCAUUAACUCAUUUUUGAUAUGUUGAUCACCUGUAGGGCUGGCCAAUAUAGAAAAUAUCAAAUACAAUAUUUUUGACCAAUUAUAUCGAUAUUGUACUAAUGCUUUUUUGCAAAAUAUGAACACGUUGAGAUUUUUUGAUAAAUAAUCAUCAGUUAUGUGGACAUAGUGACUAAUUGUAAAAGACAAAUAACAGAAUAAUCUGGUAACUUCAGAAAAUGACAUUACUGUAAUUGUUACUGUAAAAUGUUUGUGAUCUUAAUCUGAACUGUAACUACAGCUGUUAGAUAAAUGUAAAGGAGUAAAAGGAACAAUAGUUCCCCAUCAAAUGCAGUUGGGUGGUGGGAGUAUAAAGCAGCACAACAGUAACAUACUCAAAUAAAGUACAAGUAGAACUGUAGUAUUUAAUUAAAUAUUAGCUAAAUAAAUAAUCCAAUACUAA